ACUCUUCAGUAAGAAUCAGAUUUCAGUGUGAUAAUAUAGUUGGUGAUAAAAUCGUUUCGAGUUCAAGACUCGAUAAAAAUGCAGUCGGAGCAAUUUAAUAUACUUACUUUAAAUGAUUUUCAAUGGUUAAAUGAACCAAGUAACUGGAAUUUAUGUGACAAUGUGCUUAAAGUAUCGACAGACAACAAAACAGAUUUCUGGCAAGAAACUUGGUAUAAAUUUCAUUUUAAUACCGGACAUUUGUAUGGUAUUGAUAUUAAAGAUGAUUUUACAUUUCAGGCCUGCAUAGAAGCAGAUUUUUCACAAUUAUAUGACCAAGCCGGUCUUAUGAUAUAUCUGGAUGAAAAACAUUGGCUUAAAACUGGAAUGGAAUAUAAUGAUGGCCAGCCAAUGAUUGGCAGUGUGUUAACAAAUGAAGUAUCUGAUUGGGCGACUGGUGCUUUUACCGGAGAUCCGAAAAAAUUUUGGAUUCGUCUCAGUAAAAUUCAGGAUACAGUGUGUAUUAAAUACUCAACUAAUAAAAAAUCGUGGUUACUUCUUAGAUUAUGCCCAUUUCCCGUAAAUGACACCUAUUUUGUAGGUUUAAUGUGUUGUACACCGCAAAGAAUGGGUUUAAAUGUGAAAUUCAGCGAUAUUGUUUUAACUACACCAAUGACAGAUAUUUUACAUAGUAAUUGUUAAUAAAAAUUAUAGCUACUUCAUUAUUUUACUUAAAUUAUUGUAUAAAUCUACUACUUCUACUGUUAUGUUCGGUAACAUCUCCAGCGCCUACUUAAAGAUAUAUCGAUUUGACAGAUAAUACAUUAAUGUAUUUAAUUUUCUUAAUUAUUAUGAGUUGAAAAUAAAACUUA